AUCCGGAUUUCUGACCGUUUCAUCGAUUGGAGACUCCGUUUUUGCGUUUUUACGCAUCAACUCGGUGCGUAAAAGCCGUCUGUCGCCGCGGAUGUCCUCCGGUUGACCCCCCCCAGAGCCUCCACCACCCCCCCGUGUCCAGGAUGGCCGCAGGGGUCGCGGCGUGGAUGCCGUUCGCGCGCGCGGCGGCCGUGGGCUGGAUGCCGGUGGCCCGCGCCUCCAUGCCGGUUCCGCCGGAGCCGCGGCCGCGCGCCGGGUCCGGGUCCGGGGACGCGCUGAUCGUGCUGAACGUGAGCGGAACCCGCUUCCAGACGUGGCGGGACACGCUGGAGCGCUACCCGGACACGCUGCUGGGCAGCACCGAGAAGGACUUCUUCUUCCACGAGGAGACGCGCGAGUACUUCUUCGACCGCGACCCGGACCUGUUCCGCCACAUCCUGAACCUGUACCGCACCGGCACGCUGCACUACCCGCGCCGGGACUGCAUCUGCGCCUACGAGGAGGAGCUGGCCUUCUUCGGCAUCGCGCCGGAGACCAUCGGGGACUGCUGCUACGAGGAGUACAAGGACCGGCGGAGAGAGAACCAGGAGAGGCUGCAGGACGACGAGGACCCGGACCCGGCGGCCGAGCAGGCGCCGCCGGACCUGAGCCUGCGGGAGACCAUGUGGCGCGCCUUCGAGAACCCGCACACCUCCACGAUGGCGCUGGUCUUCUACUACGUCACGGGCUUCUUCAUCGCCGUGUCGGUGCUCGCCAACGUGGUGGAGACGGUGCCGUGCGGCACCGCGCCGGGUCGCACGGCAGGCCAGCUGUCGUGCGGGGAGCGCUACGCGCUGGCCUUCUUCUGCCUGGACACGGCGUGCGUCAUGAUCUUCACGGUGGAGUACGUGCUGCGGCUGCUGGCGGCGCCCAGCCGCGCGCGCUUCGUGCGCAGCGUCAUGAGCGUCAUCGACGUGGUGGCCAUCAUGCCCUACUACAUUGGCCUGGUCAUGACGGACAACGAGGACGUCAGCGGCGCCUUCGUCACGCUGCGUGUCUUCCGCGUCUUCCGCAUCUUCAAGUUUUCGCGACACUCGGCGGGACUUCGCAUCCUGGGCUACACGCUGAAGAGCUGCGCGUCCGAGCUGGGCUUCCUGCUCUUCUCGCUCACCAUGGCCAUCAUCAUCUUUGCCACCGUCAUGUUCUACGCCGAGAAGGGCUCCAGCGCCAGCAAGUUCACCAGCAUCCCCGCUGCCUUCUGGUACACCAUCGUCACCAUGACGACGCUGGGGUACGGCGACAUGGUGCCCAAGACCAUCAUGGGGAAGAUCUUCGGCUCCAUCUGCUCCCUGAGCGGCGUGCUGGUCAUCGCGCUGCCGGUGCCGGUCAUCGUGUCCAACUUCAGCCGGAUCUACCACCAGAGCCAGCGGGCCGAGAAGAGGCGGGCGCAGAAGGCCUCCAAGGAAGCCGGGCAGGCGCUGGUCUGCAAGACCAACCCCAACUUCGACCUGCACCACCACCACCUGCUGAACUGCCUGGAGAAGACCACGAACCACGAGUUCGUGGACGAGAAGACAUACGACCCGAGCUGCAGGGAGGUUCCCCUGCUGAAGCAGGCGUCCCGCUCUUCCUCCCUGUCCCUCUCCUCCUCCUCCUCCUCCUCGCCUCACGGCUUCUCCUGCUGCGGCCGGAAGAGGAGGAAGUCCUACAGCAUCCCGAACGCCAACAUCCCCCCCGCGGGCCUCCGGGGCGGCGUCCCGGAGCUCAGCACCAUCCAGGUCCGGGAGCGGCCGCCCGGCAACAGUCGCUCCACUCGUUCCAGCCUCAACGCCAAGUUUGAGGAGACGCUGCCUCUGAACAGCGAGCAGUCGUACCUGGGCGGCGCCAGCGGGCCCGGGUCGGCCGGCACCACGCCGGAGGACGAGUCGGCCGGCUCCACCGACUACUCGCAGGCCAACAUCGUCCGGGUGUCUGCGCUCUAGACCCCCGGUCCUGGUGGACCUGGACCGGGUCCACACCGGCACUGACUCAAGCUCGGACUGCAGUUCUUCUUUCCUCUGUUUUCGUUUGUGAAGGAUUUUAUAUUCGGCCCUCGCCGCCGGCGGAUCAUCGCAUCAUCAUCCUUCGUUCUUCCAGAUGUUUGACAUCUCAGCAGCAGCAGACUUUCAUCAGGCUGUAUUUUAUAUUUCACUCCGAUCCCGUUUCUCCAUGUUGAGACUUAAACACCAGAAGCUGUCGCUAAGACCAAAAAAAAUUACAUAAAACGAUGCAAAACGGGACCUUUUCUGCCCCGUUGAAGCUGAAGCUCUUCUGAUUGGCCGAUGUCUGGGAGCCUGCGGGGGAGGCGGUUGCCGUGGCAACACUCUGGCGCUUCCGAACGUACCGCCGUCGCACCUUAAACAACCAAUCACACGUCUUCCUGCUCGCGACUCAAACAAGGUGCGGUCUCUGAAACUGCCCCGCCCCCCUUCUGUGAUGUCAUUGGCUGCGGCAAGUUGAGCUGUCGCGGUUUAAUUCGCUGACGCUCGCGGCGAAGCGUCAAAUUCCCGAUCAACAACCUUCCAGAAGGCAGAGUUCAGCUCCGCAGGCCUGGAAGGGGGCCGACGCCGCCGCUCAGGACGCCCCGAGACGGCAAAGAGUCGUUAGAGAAGAAAACGAGCUACAGCGCAGCAGAAAGGAGCCCACACCGCCACCUGGUGGUCGGGGGUGGGAUUACAGAGCGACGCCAGGGGGUCAAAGGUGCCUGGCGUUCUUGUGUUGAACCAUGAAUCAGGCUUAAAUAUGACCCGUCUGGAGUUUAUGUGGUACAGAAGAGUAUUAGGGCCAGGACGGAGAAAAAUAAAAAUAAUAUUUUAGAGGAGGAAGAUUUUUUUUUUAAUUAUGAGAAAAAAGUCGAAAUGUUGAGAAAAAAGUCGAAAUGUCGAGAAAAAAGUCGAAAUGUCAAGAUUAAUGUUGAAGUACAAUUUUGGGAAAAAAGUCAAAAUGUUGAGAAAAAAGUCGAAAUGUCGAGAUUAAUGUUGAUGUACAAUUUCGAGAAAAAAGUCGCAAUGUUGAGAAAAAAGUUGAAAUGUUGAGAAAAAAGUUGAAAUGUCGAGAUUAAUGUUGAAGUACAAUUUCGAGAAAAAAGUCGAAAUGUUGAGAAAAAGUCGAAAUGUCGAGAAAAAGUCAAAAUUUCGUGAAUAAAGUCAAAAUUUCGUGAAUAAAGUUGAAAUGUUGAGAGAAAAAAGUCGAAAUGUUGAGAAAAAAUUCGAAAUGUUGAGAUUAAUGUUGAAGUACAAUUUCAAGAAAAAAGUUGAAAUGUUAAGAAAAAGUCGAAAUGUUGAGAAAAAGUCGAAAUGUCGAGAAUAAUGUUGAAGUACAGUUUCGAGAAAAAAGUCAAAUGUACUUCAACUUUAGUGCACAACAAAAAAAAAUCUUCCCCUCUCAAAUAAUUUUUCUCCUGCAUGCCCCUAAUACUCUAAUAUGACAAAAAAAACAAGCAAAUAAACAAGACGCCAGAAAUCCGUUCGUCUUUUUGUAAAUGCGGGAUUUUGUUGUAUAAAGAUGUACGUUUAUAUUCUUUCAUCCGUCUCAGCCGGCGUUCAGGCUGGCGGUCGAAGAACCACAGAAACGGUUCUGGGUUUUUGCCAAUGAAUCUGAUUGGGCGAAGCGUCCAGGUGAAGGGGGGCGUCUCCAGGGCGGCGUCUCCCAGCAUGGCGUCGGCGUGUUUGAGUGCAUGGGCUCGUGUGUUUGCAUGCGGCUGAUCCAGUCCGGGUUCUGGUCCCGACUCUGUAAAUAAUGUUUCUGUUCCUGUCCAAUCCAAUGCGUGUGGAUGUUUAAAACCAGUCCAAACACGCCUGGCUGUAAAAUAAAUAUUAAGAUAAGUUUAUCUGAUUUAAAUUGAUCAGCUUCAUGUUCAAACGGUAAAAUUAGCAGAUUAGCUAAAUGCUGUUUCUUUCAAUUGCCAACUUUUUUCUUUGUUCGGGGCUUUUUCAGAAAAUAUCAGAUUCAUGAAACCUUUCAGUGAAAAAACCCUUCAAUUAGUGAAGUAACUAAAUCAUUCAAAGAUGAGAAGCAUGGCAGCUAAUGCAGCAUUAGCAUUAACUGUACACCUACCGUAGCAUUAGCUGUACAGGUAACAUAGCAUUAGCUGCACAGCUAAUGUAGCAUUAGUAUCAGCUGUACAGCUAACAUAGCAUUAGCUGCACAGCUAAUUUGGCAUAAGCAUUAGCUAUACAGCUAAUGCAACAUUAGCAUGAGCUGUACAGCUAACAUAGCAUUAGCUACAUAGCUAUAGCUAACGCAGCAUUAGUAUCUUUACAGCUAACACAGGAUUAGCUGUGCAGCUAACGCAGACUUAGCAUCAACUAAUGCAGCAUUAGCAUGAACAUUGGCUGUGCAGCUAACAUGUUGUUGUUUUGUUGUUUUAAUUUCGGUUAUUUUUUAAUUAAAAGAUUACAGUUGUCAAGAAACCUUCCUUCUGAGGACACCACUCGAAUAUUCACCAACCUUUAUUGUCUUCAUAUCUUCAGAAAUGAACUGUUUGCUACCUUAUGUGCACUGUUAGCUGCAGCUAACACAGUGUUAAAGAUCAGUUUAUCUGUAAAAUUCGAUCGUCUGUUUAAUUUUUUAUAAUUGAAACGCAAAAUCUGGAUGUUGGAAGUUAACGUAAUUCAACUGAAGUAAACUAGCUCCGAUCAAUAGUUUACGCAAAUUUUAAAAGAAAUCCUAACCUGAUGAAGUUUAAUGUGAUUAAACAUGAUUUUUCUUUCUGGCAGAUAGACGUCGGUUUUAUGUCUUUAUGAUAAAACUCGCCGAUACACUCGGCACUUGUACCUGAUUGUGUUUAUGCGCGGAUUCAGUUAGCUCCAAGAACGCUUAAACGCUCCGUUUGUGAACAAUCCUCGAAUAUUUUCUGUGAUUUUGAAACGUUUGGAGAUGAGCAGCAUUAGCUUCUAUGCUAAUGUCAGCUCCUGAACAUUUAGCAUUCUUUUUUGGUUUUUAAACAUUUUGAACUGUUUUAUUUGACUGGUUUUGAACCCACGUCCUGUGUAGUUCCCAAACAACGCAGUAUGUCUUAGCUAGCCUGUAGUACAGAGUAAAGUAUUGAUACUACUACAUUGUGCUCCAUGCUAGUAGCAUCAUAUGCAGUUUAGAAAUCGGCUUCAGUUUCCCGCCAAAACCAAAAAUAAUUUUUUUCUUUUAAUAUUUCAAUGUUUUUAUUUCCAUGUUUUAAGUUUCUGAUUUGAAAUGUCACAUGAUUCAAACAAUUCAACGUUGAGAAACGUCAAGGUUUCCCUGUAAACUGUAUAGAAUCCGGAGCUUGUUGUUUCCCGACGCCGACAAGGCUGCAGUCUGACGGACGAGUCGCCCGCCGGGAUUCAAGCAGGAGUUUUGAUACAGAGACUAAAUACUUUGACCUAAAACUGAAUCCGUGUGUUGGAGGGUCGAGGGUCGUGGUCAUGACGGAUCGCGUCCGGAGCGUCGGACGUUUGUGGACAUUUACGUUGGAGCGACUCGCGUCAACCGUCAGCACAACAAUCUCCCCUCGUUCCUGGUUUAAAGCACAUUUAUUUAUUUAUUUAUUUAUAAGGUAAUAAAAGUUUCCCAGAUCUGAUGUUAACGAAGAUGAGAAUCCCUGCUAGCUAACUCCCAUCAUGCAUCACUGCUUGACUGUAUUGUAUCUUUUACUUCUCUCUGUGUUCUGGUUUGGUAGAAAUAGAUGAUACUUUGUGUUUCGGGGUUAAAGAGAAACAUAUUUUUGAUGAUUUCAGAUGUGGAUUAUAGUUGUUGCUACAUGAGCUGUUUGUUGUGGUGGUGAGCUCCUCCUUCCUCCUCUUCCUACUCUUCCUCUUCCUACUUCCUCCUCCUCCUCUUCAUCCUCAUGAGAACCUGUUUGACAUUUCACGUGAUACUUUUCUAAAGCGAUGCAACAUGCAUGAUUUCGGGGCGCACGGGGGAAGUGACGGACAGAUUUGUGUGUAAAUUAUCUCGAUGAUCAUUUUUGAUUUUGAUGAAAUGUGAAUAACUGAGAUCGCCGCGACCCGAGACGCAAGUCACGACAAUAAAACAUG